AUGACUUGGGUCGCUCACAGUGCGGCGAAGAUACGGUCAACUGGCCUUCUCAAGAUGGCCUCGUCGGUCCAGUUGUACCCUAGGAAAACCGAGGCUGGAACCGCAAUCUCUAAUCCCCUCCCUCCGCUCAUCCAGACACCUUCCGGCUUGGCUAUUUUGGAGCUUCAAGGCAGCAUCAACCUUCCGCAUGCGGGUGAGGGUGGCGAGGACGCUGGUCCCCAAGAAAUAUCCGUCGGGCGCCUCGUGUUCCCGGAUUACCAUCCCGAGACCCAAGAUCCUUCCAGCACCUCAUGGAUGAAGCGGGUUCACCUCUACGUCGGCGAGCACCAGAGGCUCACUGGGGAAGUCAAGAAGCUGCCGAAGGCCAUAGCCAUCAUCAAGAAGCAAGUUCGGCCGGGAGAGGACGUGGAAAUGGCCGAUGGCAAGUCCGAGCCCACGGCUGCGGAUCUGGAGGUGGUCGAGAUUGUCAAAUACAAGCUUGUGUUUUCUCAACGGCCCGAGCCUGUGGGGACUGGGUGA